ACACUUUCUGCAACGCCUACCAUCUCAAGUUAAAAAAAGUCUCAAAUUUUGCCUUAAUGCAAAAUGGCUCUAAUAAGAUAUAUAAUAUUUUUGUCAUAUAAAAUAUUGCAUAUUGACAGCAAUAUCCCAGUGGAUGAUUUAUUGAUAAUAUCUUUGACCUUUUGAAUUUUUUUUCUAUUAUAUAUAAGGAAAUACAAACUAGGUAACAGGAAGAAAUGAGAAAAGGUAGAGAGAGACAGUAGUGAAGACUGGUCGACAUUGGACUACAAAAGAUUACUGCAGGAUUCUUCCAUGAUGCUGAUUACAGCUUUAUCUUAUCAAGCUUUGGCAUUGAAGACCAUGUGAAUUCAUCUUCAACCCUGGGAGUGAAAUAAGAACUUUCUUUUUUGCUUCUGAAAUUUUAAGCUCUAUACAGACACACUUUUUACUUAAUCUGCAUGACAUCAGAGAAAGAGACUUACCAGCUUUUGAAACCAAAAGAAGAGCAUCCCAGAGGAAAUAUGCAUGGAAGCACCAAGAAGCACAGAGGGAAUCAAAGCCAAAUGGCUGUAUGUAUCCCAUCUCCAUUGGCUGAAUCCUUUGAGGCUUCAGCCUGCUGUGAAGAAACAUUUCAUUCAUUCUACAGUUUGAUUCACCUGGUUCUUUGGCUUCUCACUGCGGUGUCUUCAGAAAAAAGUGCAGUGACCAUGUCACGUGAGUAUGGAAGUCGCUGUAACACGUUUUCAUUAUAUUUUCAUGCACAUUGA